UUGGUCACGUAACGGCCGCUGUAUACUUUCAUGCGGAGAAGACAACAAAUGUGUUUAUUGGGAUCUAAAGAAAGGCACCCAAAAAUGGAUACGUUUCGACAGUAACGUAACCAUGGCACAAAUGCACCCGAGAAAUAAUUCUAUGUUUGUCGCCUCAUUAUCUCAAGAACCUCCGGUUAUUGUGGAAAUAGGCGAUACAAUAAUUCGAUAUCCCUUACCAACAAAUGCUGAUACGUCGUCUGAUACGAAUAUUAACGGUGAAGAAUCGGCUAAUUCGAUAAAUAAAACAGUUGUUUGUCGAUAUGACAGACGAGGCGCACGUAUUCUCUCAGGAACUAGUAAAGGAUAUUUGAACGUAAUCGAUCCUGAAACUCGAAAGAUAUUACACAAUCCAAAAAUCAGUAACUCUCCGAUAAAAGAUAUAAUUGUCAGCCGCAACGGCAAAGAUGUAGUCGUACACACUCAGGACAAAACGAUUCGCCUUUAUUGGUUAGAUGAUCAAGGAAUACAUAAUUCUGAGCUGCAAUUCGCUGAAACUGUUAAUAAGAAUAGUUGGAAUCAAUGCUGUUUUAGCCAGGGAGGUGAAUAUGUAAUUGGAGCAACGCAUCAAAUAUUCAUAUGGGACAUAAGAACCACUAGACUCGUCCAAACGCUGCAGGGGCCAUAUGAAAACUUAGUAGACCUUGCCCAACACCCCAUACAGCCAAUUAUUGUGUCAGUAGACGAGCAAGGGGCAAUGCAUACAUGGACAACGCGACACAAGGAGGAUUGGGUCAACUGGGAUCCCGCCUUCACAGAAAUUCAUGACAAUAUAGUAUAUGAGGAAAGAGAAGAUGAAUUUGAUAUUGUGAGCGAAGAAGUCCAGGCCGUACAAUAUAAUAAAAAUCAAAAUUUUGAAGACGAAGAUGAAGAAAUUGACGUUGUGACAGUUGAUAGGACAACACGGUCAGACUCAUCUGAUUAUGAAGACGAAUUUAUUAAUUUAUAUGAUUCUGAG